UUGGCGAUUCGUUCGUUCGAAAGGUUAGUCAUAAACGUAACGUAAAUCGUUCGUUUCUAGUACUGCUGAGUGCUGACUCGCUAUUGAAUCGUAAUGGUAGGUGGUGCAAUUCGAUGGGGUAUUUGUUCAGCAGGGAAAAUUUGUCAGGAUUUCGCAUGGAACUUACUAGCCUUGCCUAAAGAUGAACAUAUAAUAGAAGCUGUCGCAUCAUCGUCUUUGGAAAGAUCGAAGGCUUUCGCGGCAGAAAGAGGCAUUUCGAAAGCAUAUGGCACAUAUCAAGAAUUGGCUGAUGAUCCGAAUAUCGACAUUGUUUACAUCGGAUCACUCAAUACACAACACAAAGAUCAAGCGAGGAUGAUGCUGGAAGGCGGGAAAGCCGUCCUGUGCGAAAAGCCACUUUGCAUGACCCCGAAGGAAGCAAAAACCUUGUUCGCAUUAGCUAAAGAAAAAAACUUGUUUUUGAUGGAAGCGGUUUGGAGUCGAUGUUCCCCUGUGUAUGCCGCGAUCCAGAAAACCAUCGAUGACGGCGAAAUCGGAGAAGUGCGAGUAGUUCAAGCGAUGUUCGGCGACUACAUAUCUGAUCCGAAUCACCGAGUUAUGAUUAAAGAACUCGGGGGAGGCGCAUUAUUCGAUAUUGGGAUUUACACGUUGCAGCUCGCUCAAUUCGUAUUCAAAGAAUGUCCCUAUGAGCAGCAUGCCGUUGGCUUCCUGAACGAUCAGGGUGUCGAUAUAACUUCAAAUGUGGCCUUGAAAUACACUAAACAACGGAUGGCUUCUUUAACAAUAUCUACCGUGAAUGUAUUUUCAAACGACGCUCAUAUAUGUGGCACCAAGGGAUACAUACGAAUUCAUCCGCCAUUUUGGACUCCAUCCGCAAUUACUGUAAAUGGGCAGGUACGCAAUUUUCCCUUUCCCAAAGUCGACUUCAAGAUGAAUUUUCGCAACAGCGAGGGACUAACAUAUGAAGCGAAAGAAGUAAGAAGAUGCCUUAUAAAUAAAGAGUUGGAAAGUCCUCUGAUUACUCACGCAAUGAGUAUUGAAUUGGCAGAAAUAACAGAAAAAUUACGGAACGAUUUAGGAUAUAAAUUACCUCACGAUAGUGAUAAAGAAUAAAACUAUGAACGGGUACACCAAGUCUUCCCAACUUUUUAGCAUCGUCUAGUCCAGUGGUUCCCAAACUUUUUGUACCAUCGCCCCCCUGCAGUAAUUUAUACUUCAUCGCCCCCCCGGCACUG